CAGCUCCAGACAAAAGAAGCCAGAAACGCAAUACGCAUACCACAUUUUGCCACAAAAUGGCGCUUACUACGUUAUUUGAGUGGUUUGGCUAUGUGUUGUGUAUUCUGACUAUCCUCCCGUCAGCGCAAUGUCGCAACUGUACUAAGGAUGACUACAAGCCUUACAUAACGCCCUGUGACAUAAACACACAAACUCGUUCAAUCGUCUAUUACCUCAAUACAGAUUGGUAAGUUUUUAAAAUUUGAAAGAUCAGCGCUGAAUGUACGCAAUAUGCCAAGGAUUCGCUGGAAUUAUAAUUCUAUUGUUUAGGGCGUAAAUUUUAAGAUUAUUUCUUGAAUUCCUUCGUUGAGGCUCGAAUUUAACUCAGGUAUCCUAUUUUGGUACUUUUCCAUCCCAGUUUUCUGGUUCAUUCGCAGUUAUUUCUUUAUUAAAAAUUAUUAAGCUUAUUUCUGAGAGUUCUUUAUUUUCGGUUCUGUCAGUUUUCUUGAUACGGCUUCAGAAAACCUUAGAAACAAUGUCUAUUGAUCACAAUUAUGGUAAACCAGCGCGUGUGAGCGUUCGUAGUUAAUCAAAGAAGUUGUUAUUUUAAGCUUCCUCAACGAUUUUGGAUUGUUUGUUUAGCUUGUUUCGCGAGUACAUUUCAAACCAGCAUUUGAAAAACGAAAGAAGUCUUCAAGAGAAAGAAUCAUAUCAUUUUGUUUCAACCCAUCUUUAAGAAAUUGACGGGAGAUGCGUUAAAAUAUAGUAUGUUCGACGCGUAGCCUUCAGCUACUAGUUCGGUUUCUUCAGGACUUCUCAGGUGCUUAAAAUCUCUCUCAUUGUUGUGAAUACUGUAUAUUGCUUUUUGAUCAUGUUUCAACAUGCGUCAGUGAAUGAGGGAUUGUAUUUCAUCAUCAUCUAAUAUCAAUGCGAGACAUUUUCUUUUACUUCGUAAAAGCUGAAAUAAGCAAAUAUUUACUCAUGAGACAAAUUUUCACAACUUGAUGAGACGAAAAAUCUAGUCAUUCGUUGUCUAUUCUAAAGAAUUUAGAUACAAUGUUGCCGAAGCAAGAAGUAAACAUGUUUGUUGGCAAUGGUCUUCCGAUGGGUUACAUGAGCUUAAAGAAUUUCUUUUUAUUUCUAUUUUUCUAAAGAAGUAAGUAAUAUUUGAGGUUACAAUUACUAUGUAAGCAAAACAGAUUGAAUCAUGAUCAUUAUCCUAAUUUCAGUUAAAACCUCUCCAUAAGAAUGUUCCUAUUUGAUAAGAAACCAACAAAAAAGAGUCUUUAUAAAGAACUUCUUCCCACUGUUCCCCUAUUUCAGAUUUUUUUCUCAUAUUUCUGCCAAAACAGAUGCCAGUUUCAAUGCUGUAAUGGCCAAAAACUAAACAUCAAAUUUCAAAUUCCAUACUAACAUGUACAUCAAAAAACGAAAAUUACAAACACAAGGUGAAUUUGAAAUCUGUUUUUUAAACAGGCAAAAAAAUUUAAAAUGAAAAAUUGGAAGUUGUUUUUUUCUAUACAGGAAAAGAGAAGAUAUUUUGGAAAGUGAGUUUUGUUUCCAUUUUUAUCAGGGUAAAGAAAAAAAUGAAUAAAAUGUAAUUUUCAUUUUGGUAAGAAAUUGAAAAUUGGCACAAAGGAACAUGAAAUCAGAGUGCUAUAGUCUCUUUCUUUAAAGUGCUUUUGAAGCUUGUUCUCUGGUAGCUAAGUGUUUUUUCUCUUUAGUUGUUGUCAAGUUAAAAAAUGGUCAGGAUAAAUUGUGUGCAAUAGUUUGCAGAAAGUUAGUAAAUGAUAAUGAGUACUGAAUUAUGCAACGUGAGCAAGCAGUUGACUUGAAUUUUAUUUAACUGGAAAGUGAUAGAUGAUGCAGCAUUUUAUGCAUCACCCUGCCUUUACUUAGAAUAAAAGGAGUUUUGUAAAAUAAUGUAAACAUAUGUAAUGUUGUUCUUUAUUCUCAGCAAAGGAGGUGUAGCUCCUCCGGCUCCACAAACAAAUAUACCCUGUGAUUGCCCUCAAGGAAGUGGACUUUCUGGAAGCCUCAGCUCUACUCAGUGUACACCAUGUGAAGUUGGAUCCUAUGGGCCAGGGGGAGAAAUCAUCAACAACUGGAAAAACUGGACUAAGAAUGGUACUGUGCCCCCAGAAGGAUCAGGCAUUGUUACAUUCUGUGAAGCUGAACGUCAAUAUGUUCAGCCUUGUCACCCGUGGAAAGUAAGCGGUAAGGAGAUUGAUAUUUUGAGAAACUUUCAAUCAACUUUUAACCCACUCAACUCCCUCAAGCUGCUACACAUUUCCUUGCAAAUUUGUUACAUAUCUCAUACCUGAUAAGUUUAAGUAUUCUCACUACCAGUUAGCUAGAUAAUGUACAGAUACUAUGGGGAGAAGUUACAUGUCAAUCACUUUUGGGAGUUAAAGCGUUAAGUAAUUCUCUAUACUGUCUACCAUACAAUGUGGUGUUGGAUUAACUUAUAAUCUCCUAAUUGAUAUUUUUCCUUAUUCUCAUCACUUGUUUGCCUGAUAUUGUAUUGAUUUUGUAAGGAGAAAUUUUGUCUUGGUCUCUUUUGUGAGUUAAAGGGUAAUGAGUUGAAAGCAAUCUAGGGUCUUUUUUGGUUUGCUUUACUAUUCUGUAUAAUUUGUCUUGAAAACUUGCGGCAUUUUUCAACCAAUCAGAUUCAAAACUAAAACCAAAUUUUAAUUAGUGACUUGGAUUUUUCCCUUGUUUGUUCUUACUCUUGGUUCUCAUUGUCCCAUUGUGACAUUCUACCGCACAGUAAUGCCCCCACCAUCCUGUAGAAGCUCUGGACACUGUCUCUUGCUUUUAAACAUUCCCCCAGCUGAAUCGAGGAUUCAACUGUUAUCAAGUUAUUUAACCCUUUAACCCCUAAGAGUGACUAGCAUCUAAUUUCUCCCUACAAUAUCAUCACUGAAUCACACUUUAAUGUCAUGAGAAUAAAGGAAAUGAUCAUCAUCAAAGAAACUCUUGAUUGUUAGACAAAUUCUCCUUGUCAGCACCUUAGUAAAUGUAUAGAGAACAGUAUGGAGAAUAUGAAUACUGAUGUUAAGGUGUAAAGUGUUGAUUGUGCAUUUUUCCUUCAUUUAUGGUAGCAGCAAUUGCCAUGAAUUUAUAACAUUUAGAAUUGUAAUUGAAUGCAGCUUACUAUACUUAGAAACUUUCUCAGUUCAUGUGUCGAUCUUUUCUUCCUCAGCUGAUGAAUAUACCAUUAACUCAGGGGAUAAUUCAUUAACACGAUGUAUGUCAUCUGUCUUGCUUAUGACAAAGAAGUUUGUUAUGAGUGUCAGUCAAGUUAGUUUUGAGUAUCGCGUAGACAGUCGAAACUGCAGGGGGCCUGGCUACUUAGGGUGCGAUGGUUUGGCAUUUUUUGUGGAUAACAAGGAACUGCUGACAUACAGUGGAAACAAAUUCAAUUGGGUCAACGUUACAUACAAUUUGACAAAGGUAUGCAACUUGGAGAUGACUUGAAAGUGGUAGUGAAUUUCAGUGGACCUUACCACCAGUGUCAGAUUAUUUUUAGGAACACUAAAUGUAAAAUACAUUCUUUUUUAAUUUUCCAGGGAACUCAUACACUUAAAUGGGUCUAUCGAAAAAGGUGCUUUAGUUUUGGAACAUAUUCCUACAUAGACAAGGCCUUCAUCCGAUCCAUAAUGUUGGUAAGUCCUGUUAUGAUUCAGUGAAAAUUGCACUUUUUUAAUUCAUAACAAUUUGUCGCAUUUUCACGGUUUGUGAAAAGAGUCAAGAAGAAUUAAUGUUGUGCAGGAUUUUAUAGGCUUAUUGUGGAGAGGAACAUCCAUGGGUGGUGCAAUAUUGCCCAAUAUUGCCCAAUAUUGCCCAAUAUUUUUUAAUCACAAAAUACCAGCAUAGUAGUAACUGGUAGAUUUCUUUAAUGUGGUCAUUUUCAGUAUUUUUGUUUCAAAUUGUUUCAAACCUUUUUAGGUGUUAAUCAGUGCAUUCAAAAUUCCUUUUGCAAGUAGGAGUGAAUAUCCCAAUAUGCAAAUAUCAGUUACCUGGCCUGUAUAAUAUAUAUAAGAUUGAAAUUGAAAAUCUAGAUAAUAAUUUGAUGAAAUUCUCAGUAUGCAUUAACCAAACUACUGGGAAAGAAAGAAAAAACAAUAAGAAGCAUGAAUGAGAAUGAAUUAAUUUACAAUACAAAUUACAAAUUUCCUAGUUCCUCAUGAAUGCUUGAUUGACUUGCCCAAUGAAAUAUGCUGCAUGUCAUUUGAUGGGAUUUGAAAUCUUUUGGUUAUUUCAAUGGCAUUUAUCAUGAGAUAUCAGUAAUUAAUUUUGUUUUUCAAUGCAGGUUGGCAAUGAAGAACCAGAUGUGAGAUGUAAGAAAUGUCCACCAGGUUUUUUUGGUACUAAAAAAAAUUCUGCAAGUUGUACGUCAUGCUCAUAUUUCCAGUAUCAAGAUAAGGAAGGUGGGUUUAUUUGAUUGCAUGCACCUGUCACUUAAAACAACUUUUUUUUUUUUAUCGUUGGUACUUUACCACAUCACACAGUGUUCUAUGAAAAUUAUGCUCUCUCCAAAACUAAAAUUUUUUAACUUAGUUUGCAGUGCACUUUUCUGCUUUUCAGCUGCCUCAGUUGUCUGUUUUCAUAUAUUAAACAGAAGUAACAUGAACAUCAUUCUUAUUUAAUGCACAAAUGUAGCCUGUAUAAUCAAGGAUGAGGGGUUAGGAAUUAUAUAUUUUGGGAAGAUUUCCAAAGAAUAUAACCCUAGCACCUUUGUUGUCCAGAAAAAGUGAUAAGUAAUGAUAGCACAAGCAGACAAGCACCCAAGUGUUAGUACAAUGGUUGUGAAUGACUUCUACCUCAGUCUGUAAAGGUUAUUAAGGUGUGUACAGGUUCUGGAAACCUGGAAAAUCCUGGAAAAAGACUACAGGCCCUGGAAAGUCCUUGAAAUCUGCUUAACUUGAGAAGAAUUGAUUUUGAAAUCUUGGAAAUGAAAGGGUUUAAGGUGGAACUUUGAGUCUUGGAAAAAUUGAACUGAGGCCUGGAAAAGUUCUGGAAAACCUCUUGAGUUGUUGUUUCUGAAAAAGGUUAUGAAACCUUGAAUUACCUCUCACUCUGAGCCCUACCUUUUCUUAUCACUUAUUUCAGGCCAGAGCAGGUGCAAGACUUGUCCAGAAAACACAUAUGCUAUGCCAGGUGCAUCACGAUGUAUUCCUCUACUAAACUGCACUUCUGAUGAUAUCAUUGCUGCUCCAGGAGAUGUGAAUUCAUGCUCAUGUGAACCAUCACCAAAUGGUUUUGAGUGUAAUACAACAGUGAAGCCUGAAUAUAUCAAAGUUCAUGGUAAGUUACAUGAAGUACUUAACCCUUUUGUCCUAAGGAGUGAUCAAUGAGUUAUAUCUCCUUAGUUACAGUAUCAGUGCAUUGUUAAGUGGAAGAGUGACAAAGAUACCGUUUGAUUUAACAUGUAAUUCUCAGAGCUUACAUUGAAAGGAAUGGGUAGGAGACAGUAGAGAGAAAUGAUAUCAACCUUUAAACUCCCAGAAGUAAUUAACAUGUAACUUCUCCCUAUAAUUUUCGCACAUCGUCAUGCAUACAGGUAAUGAGAAUACUCAUGGGUAGGAGACAGCAGAGAGAAAUGAUAUCAACCUUAAGAGAGUGUCUCUGUAUGAGCGGUCCGGUCGAUUUAGCUUGAGACACGGAUUUCGCUCAUUUCUUGUGUGUUGUAAGACAUUCAUGUACCUAUUUAAACCACAAUCCGUUUGAUCGGAUCUCUUUACUUUUCAGAGUUUUACGGAAAUUAAAUUUCACAAAAAACUACGGAACUUAGCAAAAAACAAAUACCACAGCCAUGUAUAUUAACUCUAUCUUAUUCAUCAAGGUGACUUUCGUGAACAUCACGUUUCAAUCUAGGAAACAGGAAGACUUGAAUGACACCUUAUCGGUUCGCUUAAGUCACACACGCGAAAACCGAUCAAAUUCAAGGUAAAUUUUUGAAGGUAAAAGGUAACUACAGAAAAAACUUUGCGGCCCUACCUUUACGAAAAGUUUAUAACUCCGUGAACUCACCUAAUUUUCGGCAGUCUCCAAGUGUGGCCGCCAAUUAGAGGGACUUGUCAACAUGAAGCAUAGAAGGUAUAAAUCAAGCAGAUCUAAAACCGUCAGAAAUACAUACGAAAGCAAUUCAAAUGAACUUUACUUUCAGUUCAAGCGGCAAAAUUUGGAAUUGUUCGUUAAACUUACCAUUCCUACAUCCCCAUGCGACCAUUUCUUCCAACAAUUCAAACACUACAACUAGUGUUCGAAUUCCCCUCGUCGAUUCCACCGUAAGAAAUAACCUGUACCACCCAAGCCUCGAUUCGAAUGUGAAGUACGAAUCAAAUCACAUAACUGCUUCAUCUUCGAGGCAAUAUCACGCUGGUAUUUUGGAUUUUCGGAUCGACAAGAACGGUGAUCAGGAAGCGAUCGCCAUGUUUACCUCAUAAACGUGACCGCUGACCAGCCGCUGAGUGAAAACAGUAUAGCGCGGGGUAGGGUGGGUGGCGGGCUUAUCGUCAUAAGAUAUUCGAAUACAUGCUUAAAAAGCUUUAGGACUCUCAGUCUAAACAGUGAGGGCAUGCUUUCGUUUUCGUUUUUUAUUUUAUUCUCAUAACUUUCUCUUUUAAAUUAGAACUGGUAUUAAUUAAUAGAGUUAUAAAUAUAUAAUCGAGGUACCCAUAUGACCUUGUUGCUUGUCAUCUGUGGUAUAAAAUAAGGUGUCUUUUUAUUUUUAUUUAUGCCCUAUUGCACGAAAUGAACACUAUACUUAGAAUGUUUGUUCGAAGUCAUUUCUUCUGUUCCCUAGAAUGUAUGCAAAAUGAUAGAGAUUUGAUUCAUUCAGCUGACACGUUCUUUUAAGUUAUGGUGCGUGCAGGUUUUUUUCUGUCAGGUGAUUUGAUCUUCUACAAAAACAUUAUUGAUCAUCAACCAAGCAACAUUGUACAUAUUUCCAUCUGCAAUUAAAAGCACUUACUCAUAGAUCUAUGUUUUUUCAACUUGAUGUGUACUUAAGUAGCCUUAAACUAAUAAAGAGUGUCUUCUCUUUUCGAGAAGAUAUGUCACGAGACAAAAAUAGAUAACAGAAAAUGUUACUGAAGACUACCUGAUUCAACUGGAAUAAUAACUCCAAAUAGCUUUUGAAUGUCCUGAGAUAUGCAAGGUAAUUACAUCUCUGCCUUGGAUACGCUUCCUGACACCAUCAUGAUCAGGAUACUGACAUGUUACCUUUGCACUUCACCAAAACUUCCCCAAAGUGUGGCGAUGCUUAUAGCAAAUCCACAUUUUUUGUUUAUCCUCCUGAGCGAGGUGAAAUAGGCCAGUCCUUGCCAAGAUUAGCUCAUUUUCACUUAAGACCUCUUUAGACAGGUGGUAGCUUAUCAAAUGAUGUUUUACUUCAUCAUUGCAUUAAGACACGCGAUGAACCAAAGUUUUUUCUAUCUUUGCUAUUCAAACAGCAGUCCUGAGACAUAAUGAACGUCUCGCUAACGAAUGACUUCUUCCUGUACUUGUAAUUGUUUCCAACGCGAUACAAGUUCGGGAGAUCGAAAGGAACUCACUAUAACUUUGUAUACUCGAUACGAUUUCAAUUUCCGCGCCAAAGGAGAAGCCUGCUGUAAUUUGUGAGUGGUCAGUGGUUACGCUCGUGAGGUAAAGAAUGGGUUUGUGACUUUUUCACUCAAUUGAAAAGACUCGCGUCACUCUUAUGAAAUGAUUGAACGGAAUACAGACUCCGAGCAGUCUCUGAUUUUUCAUAAAGAUAGUGAGGUCACGCGUAUCCUGUGAGCAUGGAGAAGUCGCGAGACGCGAAACUCGUGUCUCGCGUCUUUGCCGCUCCAUGUUCUAAGAGUUGGGCAAAGACAAGACACGUUACUUCUGAUGCGAUACAAGAGGUUCAAUGGUUAUCUCGAUUAUCUAGACAUAUUUAUUUACAUGGUAAAGAUUUGUUUAUAAAUUUAUGAAUUGAUGUCAGUCCUAUUUGGAACGAAAUGUAUUUGAAAGAAGAAAGAAUACUACGCAAAACAAAAGUUGUCUGCAACACGAAGAUAGAUAAGAUAGAGUUAAUAUACAUGGCUGUGGUAUUUGUUUUUUGCUGAGUACCGUAUUUUUUGUAAAUUGUCCUCUAAAGUUGUCCGAAAUUAAAGCCUUGAAAAGUUUCACGACAAGCCUUCGCUCGAGUGAAAUUUGAUUUCCGUAAAAACUCUGAAAAAUAAAGAGAUCAGAUCAAACGGAUUGUGGUUUUAGUAUAGGUACAUGAAUGUCUUACAACACACAAGAAAUGAGCGAAAUCCGUGUCUCAAGCAACAUCGACCGGACCGCUCUUACAGAGACACUCUCUUAAAACUCCUGGAGGUAAUUAACAUGUAACUUCUCCCUUUAAUAUUCGUACAUCAUCAUGCAUACAGGUAAUGAGAAUACUCAAACUUAUCAGGUAGAAGUUAUCUAGCUCUAACACCGAAUUUUCACAACUAAGUUUCAAAGAAAUAUGUAGCAGCUAGAGGGGAGAAAUGGCAGUAGAGUAAAAGUCUUGAGAGUAAAAGGGUUGAGGAUGGUCCUAACAUUAAAAAUGAGCUUUAGAUAGGUUUAAAAUUGAGACCAUAUCAAAUGAGAUGACAGUGUUCACUUAGAUGAAAAUAACUGAUUAUGUUGUUGUUAUCUUAAUCCUUUACUUUCCAUAAGUCACCAAGAGGGAACCUCUCCUUAAAAUAUUAAUACACUUUCAAGCAGAAAAGUGAUGAGAAUAAGGAUAAAUAUUAUUAGGGUAUUAUUAAAUGAUCCAAUACCAAAUUCUCCAGACCAACAUCCUAACAAUUGUAUUGCAGCCAGUAAUUUAAAUGAGAUUAACCUGAAUGUGAUCUUGGGAGCUAAAGGGCUCAGGGAGGUUAUUAUUUAUCACAAUACCCCUCUCCAGCUAGGAGGGUGAAUGGGGUCUGGAAGACUGUUAGGGAAACCCGCUGUGGAGGCGGUGGCUGUGACCUUGGGUACAGUUGUUUAAAAUAAUAACCCAGGGUCCAAUUUUCUCCACUUUUUCUUUGAAUUAAUGAAUAACUAAAUUUACAAUUUAUUGAGCUUUAAUUUCAAGCCUCUAAGGACCUCGCAAUAUGAAAGAGAGAGAAACUUAUGUUUCACGUAAACUUCAAAUGCUUGAAAAUUCCAACCUGUGAUAGGCAGACAGAUCGGUUUUUUACACAGCACAGUGGAGGAGUUGAACUUAACCAAGCGCAAAUCUAGUGAGUAGCCGGGUGAAAGACCGGUGACCACCAGAUUACAAGUUCAGUGCCCCAACAACUCAGCUGUGCCACCUUCCAAGUAUGGGUUAAUGUUGGGUUAGGGGAGAGGCCUCCCUUGCUUUAUCCGAAAUCCUUUUCCUGAUAACGUUCUCAAUUGUUUUGAGAGCAUCCAGUAAUCAGAUUGUUGAGAAAAAGAGUUAAACUGAAGUUUUCAUUGAAGCUUUUUGAUCUGAAAUCAUAUUUUUCACACCAACUAUGGUUUAUCUUGACCCAGCUGCGAACAACCCACCCUUGCUUGCUUUGUGCUGUAGAAACCAGAUUUAGCUCAAGGGCAAAGAGCUCCGGGAUCAAAAGCACCCAUAACUCAGAAUCUGAGCAGCUGUGCGCAUUUCUCUCCCCUAAUCCAUCAUUAACCCCGACUUAUUAUCAGUUGAACGUUGUAUGGUUAGGGAAGGGGUAGGUGCCUAGUUGCUCAGAUACUGACAUUGAUGCAUCUUUUUAUUCAUUAACUUCCUUGUUGAUUUUCAGUUGCAAAUGUCAGCGAUCCCAGGCGUCUUUGCGAUUCAGCUGGGAAUCCCAGUCUUAACCCAAUUCCGUAUCAAUGUAAAUGCGAGGGUGGGUUUGAGAUCGUGAAUGGAACCGGAGGAAAACUGCAGUGCAAACCGUGUGAAACUGGGUUCAAGUCACGUGGAGUCAAAUGCGAGACCUGUGAGGCCGGUCAUGUGGCGUUGCCAGGGAAACAUUACAGUGUCUGGAGAAAAGACACACUACCUAAGGGGUUCACCGCUAAUUGUGUCGGGGAUUGCGCUGUGAAGGUUUGUAAGAAAAAUUUGGAUGUAAUAGAUUUUUAUAGGCGAAAUUUGUUUUUGAACCAUAAUUUUUUCCACCUCUUAUAGCAUUUUGAGACUCCAGGUAGUGACCUUAUCUUUUGAAAAUUGUUUUCAAAUGCACAUAAAAAAUCGCUGCUAUUUUGAAAACAGCUCGAAAACCUAAAAGCACCCGCGGCUCUGAAACAGCUGGUGCCCUACUGACCGCUUACCUAUUACUGUACAAGCCCACGGCAACACGAAAUCUAUUUGUUUUUUAUGUUAAAAGGCAAACUGUGGUAAGAACAAAAAAAUGGCACACAAGGUGUAGCCAAGUGUGUCGCUGAUAUUCUUGCCCAUUUUCCAUAAGUGACCAAGGCAGAAUUUCUCCUUACAAUAUCAAUACAAUAUCAAGCAGACAAGUAGCGAGAAUAAAGAAAUUUAUCAAUUAGGGGAUUAUUAGUUGAUCCAAUACCAAAUUCUCCAAACUAACACCACAAUAACUAUAUGACAGACAGUAAGGAGAAUCGCCAUCUUGUGACGGGACCUUGUUCCUCAUGUUAUUUUUUAGAGUGGCUGGAUACCUUCUGGUCAUGUAAUCCGAACAGCACGUGUUGUUGGAAAUGUGCGUACUUAUCUGCAGUCAUCAGAAUUUACAUUGGACUCCGAGUUAGCGAAAAUCGCUUUUAACUGCUCCAUCACCUGUAAUGUGACUGGUGUUUCACAAAAAUCUAUGCCAGGGGAACAUCUCGCUAACAUCCAAGACUGUAACUUAGUAUUUCAAGUUUGGAGUAACAACACGAUUGUGGACGAACUAAACUGCACGCGUCCUAAGGGAGGAUAUGUCUACAGGCAUGAAAAUAGACGUGACGGCAGAGUUAUUAGACAUGUUUACCCGCUCAAGAAAGGACGCUUUUCCUUCAGGUACACAAAAAUGUCAGCUGUAUAUGCCACCGUCUAUGGUAUGUCAUCGCACACCAGGCGAAACGCAUACCCUCACCGAAAUUCCAGCUAGCCUUUUUUGUUUUUGUUAGUAGAAUCAAAUCUCUUUUCAAUCCUAGUGGAGUCCAGUAUGUCCGUGGUCAAUAUUUGACAAGACAUUGAUUUUAAGUUAUUCAAGGAAACUCCUGCAAGAUAUUAUUUCAUCAAGUGCCGUCCUGAUGUAAAGAUUUGCGAACAGAUCGUUGAUUGCUUUUAUAUAUCUCUCUCUCAUUCUCCUAACGGUCUUUCCACAGAUGGGUUUUCAUCCAACAAGACGAGACACGAAUGCUUUCCACUGCUUUUGAAGGAAAGCUCUACAAUAUCAGUGUACUUGGGGUGCAGAACGGAACAGCCAAGAACUGCACAGCAUGCCCAGCAGGGUACCAUAGUAACCUAGGCAACACUGAUUGCACAAUAUGUCCAAACGGAACCAGUAGUCCAUCUGGAGCAAAAAGUUGUAUAUCCUGCAAAGAAGGAACCUUUGCUGCUGCGGUAAGCUUUUUAUCUUAAAACUAGCGCGUAGUGGCCUGACAGCAGUAUAAGAGCGCAUGCCCUCCCUGCUUGAGGCGAUUCGCAUUUUCGUCUCCAGUACCACGCGGUUUUACUCACCGUUUCAGACCAUGUGACCAAACGAAACGAGGACCCGGGGAAGCAACUCUAGAAUUUAGGUUGUUCCUGACUUUAUACAUAUAUUUAUCUCGGGCUUCCGAGCUGGACAACAUGUAUCCCCCAGGGGUUACGCUAUCCAAAGGUUAAAUUGCACUAUCCUCCGGAGUGAUACUUAUUCGCUGGAUAGCGCAAUCCAUCCUUAGACCAACUGGGACCGGGCUGUUUACCUCCAGAGAAGAUGAAGCCUUUCGGUAAUUAUGCUACUUACUAAGUUCAUCUGAAUAUUACUCAAACGCUUAACUUAAAUAUUUCAACAGGUAACCGUUAAAAAAAUGUUUAGAAGAUUAGGAGGAUGUUAAGAUACUUUGUCCAAUCGAAAAUCUUACCUGUUAUACCAAUUCUUCACUGAGAGGCAGGGACUGUGUCUUACGGAGUCUUUUUUAAGUGACGAUUUGUGUUCUUGGUAAAUUGCAGAAGGGAAGUUCGCAGUGUCUUCCGUGCGGUCAAAACACGAAAUCGCUUCCAGGUAAAGAUGGCUGUGACACGAACAACUGUAUGUUCAAGCCUGCGGAUGAUGUCGUGUAUGACCUCAGUAAACUCUCCCGCCCUGGAGGGCCGAUGAUUGAAGCACUGUUCUAUCGCCCAAGUUUACCUUGGAGACCACGACGGUGAGCAAUAAUCCUCGUAAUUUCCCCCUCCCCGCAUCCAUACCUCUACCUCUCUUCUUGAUAAGAAAAAUGAAUUUUUCCACUCCUGUACAGCUUUCGUGCCAUAAAUUCCAUUUGCUUUCAAUUUUGACACUGAUGACACUUUUUUUCCCCAUGCGUGACACGUAUCGCAACCAGCUUCACGCCGUGCUUUGUGCCAGUUAUAUGGCUUCUUGCGCUUGCCUUUUGCUAGAACGGUUGCAAAUUUUCACGCAAUCACCAAUCACAUUUUUCUUCAGGUCACACGAUUCAACUCCCACCCCAACAUGGUUUUAAUUUUCAUCUUAUCCGUCUGAAAUAUGUGCUCUGGGUUUGCCUUUACUUCUGUACAAAUCAUUUGCUGAACUAAAUUUUAUCUUUUAUCCUUAGUUUGAGCAUUUGGCCUUACCCCAGAGCUAUUUACUUCAAUCUCUGUACCCUUGACCAUGACAACUCUUCGUGUGUUUACCGUAAUCGGGUAACCAGAGUGCACACUCCCCGGCCUGUGAUGUCGUGCAGGUCGUCGUGGUUUACAUAUGACACAGAUUUAGGCUCCGUGAUUGGCUACCGAAAAAAAUCCGACGUCAAAUCGGGUUUGUUCGUGGACCUGCUGAACGGGGACAAAUGUUACCAGAGAUGUAAGUUAAUUUAUAUCAGAAAUUUUAAAGAAAAGAAACGAUUACUAAAAAAACCAUAACUUUGAUAAAAGAAUGUGGAAAGAUAAAGGAUUUUUGCUAAUACAUGGUUGGGAAGUUUUCAAUGUAGUGAAACCAUUUCCUGUUUCUAUGUUUUCCUUUCUAGACGAACGAAACACGCGCUAUCAGACCACCCUCGACCUCAGGUGUGACGUAAGAGCGGGUGUCGGUAACCCAGCCCCCGAAAACAAUUACACGAGCCCGAUGCGCGGUGGCUGUAAAUUCUACUUCGUGUGGAAGUCGUUGUACGCAUGCCCAAAAUGCCGUGACAGUGAUGUGAAUAGAAUUAUCGGCGAAUGCAUCAACGGAAUGCGUAAUGUGACCUACGUACGCAAAGUGCCUUGCUGGAGGCCUGGGAAUGAUUCGGGGCUUCCAACGACUAAUGCAACAGAAAAAUGCGAGACACCGACGUCGACUGUUAUAGUAACUGUCAAAGUGAAGGAAAAUGGUACAGUGGCGUAUCAAGUACUAAAAGAAAACAAAGCCAAUAUAGCUUUGAUUGGUGUAGGAGUCGUCAUUAUCGUUAUCCUGGUGGGUGUGGCAGCAUUCUUUGUGUACAAGCAUCGAGAGUUGAAGUAUCGUUAUUACGGCAUGUUGGCGAGAAACAAACCCAUGAGCCGCCUUGAGGAAGAAGACGAAAGUAAUUUUAUCCACGACGAUGAGCUAGCACAACCCUUCGAUGAGAUGUCACCAAGUGUGAAGACCUAGACAACUUCGUAUAUUCAUCCCUUUAGCCCACUCCAUGACUGAAAGUUUACAUUUUUUUGAAUGCAGUGUUAUUUUGAUGCUGAGUCACUUAGACUGGUUUUCCCUCUUAAUUAGUGUGCUCAAGAAACCAUAUAAUUUUCACCUCCGCCAUUAAAAUCUCCACCUGGCUACGGGCAAAACUACUCUGGUUAUCGCAAACCAUUUUUUGAUUCAAGCAGGUCUUUUUCUGAACCUUCUUAUUGUUAAAACAUAUCGCCAAGAGAUGGAUCAAAGGGAAAAGAGGCUUAAUUACGUCAUGGAUGAGCGGCCAAGCUGUUAAGCACGAUUCAAAAUGGCGACGGUCAGUCGUGUAAUUUCAUCUCAAGUUUUUAAUGGCGGAUAUGAAAAUUAUAUCGUAUCUGAAGUAUGUUCCUUCAUUAAUGAAAAAGACAAGCUCAAGAUUUAUAUGGGUGGGUAGUGGUCGAGGGACAAAAGUUUCAAUAACUAUUCUCAUAAGCGGCUGCCAAUGAAAUAAUGUUAAAGGUGGGUUUGCCCGAAAAGGAGCCGUAAGGGGGAUCCUGAGGAUAAGGAGACGGUGAUAAAAGUCUUACAGUCAGCGGUAGACCGCUGGUAACCGGCCUUUAUUGAACCUCUGGUGAAAGAAGAAAGAAAAAUUGAGAGUUAGCCUUAAUUGUUUAAUGUGAGCACAACUCUUAUAAUACCCUUUUGAUAAUAUGGAUGAAUUUUAUGAUUGUGAUCAAGUACUUGUGAAAAACAAACUGGUUUAACCUUUUCGCUCAAAGUUAGCAGUUAUACAUGUCAAAUUGUACAGUAUAUAUGGCUCCUGCCUGCGAAGUUACAGAGAUAAGACCGAUAUAUGAUAUCCUCGUUCGCACUUGUUGUCAUAACAACAUCAGCGACACACUAGCCCCCGCCUUGAAUGUCUCGUUUUUUGUUCUUUCAACAGAUGUAUCACCAUGCUAUGUAUUUCCAACUAGAUUGCAAAUUCAUCGCUCAAUAAAGAUGAAAACUUGCUUUUUAUUGCUAGCCAACUUUUACUCGGUUUUUUAUCACGCAUAUAUAGGAACAAAGUUCAAGGAAUCUAGUAAUUGAUGUAUGAUCUUUUAUUUUAUCGUGUUGUUUUAUUUCUUACACUGUAACACAGUUUAAAUUAAGUUUUAUCGUGCUUGUUUUGCCUUUCAGACUUUUCAACGUAGUUGGGUUUUUUUAAGUAGACAGAAUUUUCUGUUUUGCAUUGAAAAUAGAGUAAAUUAUGUUUUUAUUUGAGAGUAAAGAAAAACAUCUCAUUUAACGUAUCCUUGUGAAAUGACUCUGAUCUUUCGGUGUUUUUUGUGAUAAGAUUGGAUAAAUGACUUUAAAAGUUAAUCAGAGGAAUUCUUUGAUGUAAUUUUAGCUGAAAUUUUAUGAAUUGAAAGUGAUGUAGAUAGCAAACGUCUUAGUCUGAUUUUUUAUUCGGUGCAAAAUUCUGUUUUCUUCGAGCUCUUUUCGUGAUAAGACCAAAUACUGCUGCACGUGUUAUUAGGUUUAAAACACCGAAAAAUGCUGAAUUUUAUCACCAUAAAAGUUAAUCAACGACUUGUACAUCUUUUAAUAAUGAGAUCUAAUGGCGUGUCAAGUUGGAUUCUAUGUGUUCAGACCUUUUUUUAAGUUAAGGAAAACUUGUAUUAAUAAAGUAUUAAUGUAUUAAUGAUUUAGAAUUCCUUUCGCCGACUGUAAGUUAUAGUUGUUUAUUUGUGUGGAAGAGAUUUUCAAUCACCGUUUUUAGUCCCUCUCGUUGAAUGUUUGAUUAAACUUGAAGUAGAAAUAUUUAAAAUGGCC